CCGGCGAUAGAGCGUCGGCGCCGCGACGGCAGGAGCCACGCAGACGCAUCUGGACCGGCGUCGGUGACGUAGAAACGAGAAACGAGAGGAAAGAGCGAGAUCCGGAGGCAGGCUCUCCGCCGUUUUGACAAGUAACGCGCUCACGGACUGUCCGCGACGGUGAGAGCGCGCUCGAUCGCGAUCGCAACGCGCGAGAGAUCGCUCAUUAUUACGAGCGAGAGAUAGGCAGCCACCCCGUCCACGCGCGUGUACGCGAGUAAUUACCGGAGAUAUUUCAUCGAUCCUCCGACGUAUUGACGAGUAACAGGCGGGUGCGUCGGGUCCUCCCGUUCCGCGCGACGGCGAACACAGCCACACAGCGCGAACACAAAGCAGCUCGAGAGCCGCGCAAAUCUCGGAGCGUCCGAACGAUCGAAGGAACGAUGACGUAUCGUCAAGGCAUCGCAAACCACCUGUGAAGUGUGAACCGACUCGGAAACGUCAAGACCCAGUUACGUUGGUGAGAGAGAUCGGAAUAUCAAAAGCGAAGUGAUAGACAUUGUAAUCGAGAAGAGUGAGCUAACUCGUUCGUGACAGAUUGAUGACUAAUUGGAAGAUCAGGGAUAACAAACAUGAAGUACUUGAAAGUCGCGUUGUUCUUGUUCAAUCUAUUAAUAUGGUUGGCUGGCUGCGCGGUGUUCGUUCUAGGCACAUGGGUGCUCCUGGAGCCCACCAAAGGACACAUCCUCAAUCUUUUCGUGUCUGAUGUCAAGCCGCACGAGACUAUUAAUCUUAUAGCUUACAGCCUCUUCGGGCUCGGCACCAUCGUGCUCACGGUCGGCUUCUUCGGCUGCCGCGCCGCGCUACGCGGAAAUCAAUGCAUCCUCGCCACCUACAUGAGCAUGCUGGUCGCGCUCAUCGUCACGGAACUGGUGACCGCCGCGAUCGGCGGGUUGAUGACUUUCCAGAUCCUGUCGGACCUGGAGGAGAGGCUCACCAAUAAACUGGCGGCGCAGUACGGUCACGAUAUUCACGAUCCGACCAGCGAUAUCCCUUUCAGCAACAGUCUGGACUUCGCGCAGUACAAGUUUAAUUGCUGCGGAGUACACGGCGAUCACGAUUACAAUGGCACGGCUUGGUGGAGGGACGGUCAAAUCUCGGGGAGCAAGAGGCAGGUUCCCCUUACCUGUUGUGUUCUCAAAAAUAGCGAGAAUAAAAAUACAGGCAGCCCGAUGAGCGUUGUUUCGAGGGUGUUCCACAAAAAUAACGAGAAGCCGUGGCUGCAUCCGCUGCCAAAGGAUGAGGCCGCGUGUCAAGUAGAAGAUGAAGAAGGUCACGAGGGAUAUAGGCACAAAGAGGGGUGCCUUGGAAAAGUCACGAACUGGCUGCAGUGCGAGAGCUUCAUGUUAGUGUUUGGCGGCAUGGCAAUGGCAGGAAUACAGACGUUCGGGAUAAUAACGUCCGCUUUCCUCUGCCGGACAAUAAGAGAUAUGCAGGAAGAAUGAUCCAGGAUUCGUAGUCUCAAUGAAGUAAAGAGAAUGUCGUGGCACGUUCAAUCUUUACAUUGACAACUUUGGCAGAAGAACCAUAUUCAUUUUGUAUCUUCGUGUAUCGCUACGUGAGAAGAUUUCCGAAAUUUGUUUCGAUUAUCUGUGAGUCGGGACAAUGAUCGGGAUUUUCAGCAAAGGGAAUACCGCGGGGAAGAAAGCAAUCUAAAUAUUUGUUCUAUUCUACAAGGUGUCUGUUCAUUGAGAACUUCGAGAAUAACUGAACUUCGAAAUAACAAUAAGUGCUACGCUUAAGUUUAGAUCGAUUUCCACCUCUGUGCGCGUUUUGCUGCCAAUCAGCAAUAAUGUGACCAAUACACCCUGCUGUACAUAUACAAUAACAUACACGUCUGUGUCGUGUUCAAUCUAACAGUCUAACUAAUACUAAGAAAUAGCGAUGUUACAAUAAUAUCGCUGGUGUCUCACGACGAUCAUCGCCGGAGCUUGGAUAGCAACGUGGAAUUGUUAUCCGUGGCGUGUCCUGUUGUCUUCUAAAUACAAGAAGGAUGGAUAUAUGCGUUGCGUGCGUGAGAACUUUCGAAUUAUUUUCUUCUUUGUGGACAAUUUACCUGAUUUAAGAAACAAAAUCAUUUUUCGCACAAAGUACAUGUGUUUGUACAUGAAUUUUUAAAGAAAUAUCAUAAUUUUUAAUGAA